UUCCUCCCUCUUUUACCCCCUUUUGGAGGCGGUUUUUUAAAUAUGGCUCUGAACGUUUCCUUGGUUCGUGACACAAAAUGGCUGACGCUGGAAGUCUGUCGGGAAUUCCAGCGAGGAACCUGCUCUCGUUCUGACACAGAGUGCAAGUUUGCCCACCCUUCCCGGAGCUGCCAUGUGGAAAACGGACGUGUUAUCGCCUGCUUUGAUUCCCUGAAGGGUCGGUGCACUCGAGAAAACUGCAAAUACCUUCACCCUCCACCACACUUAAAAACACAACUUGAAAUCAACGGGCGCAACAACCUGAUCCAGCAAAAGACAGCCGCUGCCAUGUUUGCACAGCAGAUGCAGUUCAUGGUCCCUGGAGCCCAGCUGCAGCCGAUUACAACAUUUCCUGUGACUCCUUCGCUUGCAACCAGCCCCACCAUGGCAUUCAGCCCCUACUUAAGCCACGUUUCUCCAGGGAUGGGCUUGAUGCCUGCAGAGCUCUUAACAAACACACCUGUUCUGGUGUCCAGCAACCCUGCAGUUUCAGUACCAGGUGGCUCCGCGGGGCAGAAACUAAUGAGGACAGAUAAAUUAGAGGUGUGCCGAGAAUUUCAGCGUGGGAAUUGCACGCGAGGAGAGAACGACUGCCGCUACGCUCACCCGAUCGAUAUUGCCAUGAUUGACACGAACGAGAACACGGUCACGGUGUGCAUGGAUUACAUCAAAGGCCGAUGCUCCAGGGAGAAAUGCAAGUACUUUCACCCCCCUGCGCAUUUGCAAGCUAAAAUCAAGGCAGCUCAGCACCAGGUGAAUCAAACAGCUGCAGCCGCAAUGGCAUUGCCACCUGGUGCCCUUCAACCUUUACCAAAGAGGCCAGCACUUGAAAAAAACAACGGUGCCACCACAGUCUUCAGCCCAAGCGUUUUUCACUACCAGCAGGCCCUUGCAAACAUGCAGCUGCAGCAGCCUGCCUUUAUCCCCACAGGGUCUGUGCUGUGCAUGGCACCCGCAACAAACGUUGUUCCCAUGAUGCACGGUGCUACGCCCACCACUGUUUCUGCAGCAACUACACCCGCCACCAGCGUUCCUUUCGCUGCAACUGCAACAGCCAAUCAGAUCUCCCAGUUAUCAGUCGAUGAACUGAACAGCAGCAUGUUUGUGUCACAGAUGUAGAAGCAACACAACACGUGCUGUUGGCCUCCUGAAGCAAAAAUGGCGGAAUUCCCUGUGCGUUUUGUUUCCUCUCCUCUCCUGGUGGGAAGCUGGAGUGGGCUCUCUGUGCUUUCUGCCCCCGCUUCUCCUCCUCUCCAGCAUCGACCGUAAUCCUACGGCAGCAUCCAUGUUAACCAAAAACUGAUCUGUGGGAAUGUCAAAACAUUUUUUUUUAAAAGCACUAUAUAAAAAGAAACGAGUAAGAAAACAGUACUCUGUUAUAUGAGACAUAGAAGUAGAGAACUAUAAAAUAGACUUUUAUAACACCUUACUUUAACACACUUUUCAAAAAGUGGGUUUUUUUUCCUGUCUACCAUCAAGACAAAGUGCUCUUGCACAGUGGACUUAACUAGGUUAAUUGUUCUAUUGUCAAUGGAUAAAUGUUUGUCUGUUUUUCAAAGUGUUAUCUUAAUGUUUUGUUUACAUCCUAGUCUAUAUUGACUUUAUUUGGAGAGACAAAAAGUUGUACAUCAUUAUCAAGUAUAUUCCACACCAUUUUUUUCAUGAUCAUGAUAUCUUUUCAUAGAUGACAGUUAUUAUCAAUUUCCCUUUCUCUCCCUUUCCCUCCCCCUUUUUUAAACGAUAUGCUAAAAAGGUUACGAAAGGAAACAGGAAGGAGUUGCUUUAAAAAAAGACAACAGAAGAUCUGAAGAAAUUCAGACAGGUUGCAGAUAAUUUAUGAUCCAUUUCUGAUUAGGUUGAUUUCUAAACAUUGUAAAUAAUGCAAAAAAAAAACAAAAACCAAAAACCUAACAACACUUGUCCAGAAACAGAUCAGAAAGUAAAAAGGACCAGGGACUCAAUGCUGAAGAAUUUUCACUGGAGCACAGAAAAUAUUGGCAAAAAAAAAUAAAUCACUUUUCAGUUACAAUUUUCUGCAGUAUGUGGCCCUCAACUUAAUCCUUUAGUGACCAGGUUUUAAAGAAAUCAUGUUGAAGAAGAUUGAUUCUUUUUUAAAAAAAAAAAUGGGGCUUUUUUACCCUCAAAACCAAAAGUUAAUCUGUAAUAUAUACAGAACAAAAAGAAAGAAAGAAACCUCCUUUCAAACAUGCAUAACCCAACCCCAUAUCUUAAUCAGAUAAGCAGCACCAAGCAGAUGCCUCAGUUCUCCAUUAGCUAUACUUCUCUUGCCAAUAAUAAUGUUAAUUAAUUAAAGGGCACUUGGAAAGUCUGCACAUUUCUAUCUGUCAAUAGCAAAAGGCCACCCUGCUUGGAACCGCAUGUGUACAUUAUGAUAUCCCAGCUCCUUGGGAAGAUGGUGAUGGGUGUGAAGGCCAAAGAGCUGGCAGCUGUGAUUUCACAUAGCUGUGUAUAUAAUAAUGCAUUUCCUGGCCUCCAAUCAUGUAGAGAAGCAAAACAAGUCUAACAGCUUUCCCAAAAAA